UGAAACCCAAAGCCGGCUGCAGCGUGCUGUGGAUUAGAUGUGCCUGGAUUCAGGGGAUCUAAUUCAGUUAAUUGGGAGCCUUGAGCGGGUGCACAUGUCAGCUCAACAUUAAACACGUCUAGCGGUGAGCGUACUUAAGCACGUAGGAAGGAAAGUAAAGGAAACGUAAUGGACGGGGAGAGACUGUUGCUCCUGUUUCCAUUCAGCGAAAAGCCUGACUUGUAUUUCGGUGGGCAGCUAGAAGACCAUCAAACCCGGCCCGUGGUAGCAGAAAGUAGAAUGGGUGGUUUAAGGUGAUCGUUGACAUGGUUUGAAGUGUAAUCCUUUAGCGGGGAUUAGCCUCUGGCACAGCGAAGGGUUGCUGUUGGCGGUCGGAGCACGGACCAAGCCUCUUUGGCCAAUGCCAUGUUUCGCUUGAGUUUCCCCAAGUUGUGCGGACGAACACUGGCUGAGUACCGCCAAAGGAAAGCUCACGCAGAUUCUCAGAAGAAGCAGAAAAAGAAGAAGAAAAAGAAGUCUGAAGAGGAUUCGCAGGGAAGCGUGGAGGUCCAGCAGGAUCGCUCCGUGGGACGUGAGGAUGACUCGACCGGGGGCCGAGAUGGAGCUGAGGAAGGAAAUGAAGAGCGGCCUCGCACCACCGACUUGAGCCUGUCAAGGACGCUGGGCAGCGGCGAGGUGCUCAGGCAUGACCUGACCUCCACCGUAGAGCCUGAGAGUGAGGUGUCAACAACCGCAGAAGAUUACUCCUCAGAGCAGGUCAAUGGCUGCCGGGAGAUGACAGACAAUCUAAUGACGUCCUCCAAGGAUUUUAUUUGGGAGGAGGCGGAGCCUCUACGCGAGGGGAUGAAAGGAGGCAGGACGCAGGACGUGGAGACGGUGGAGGAGCUGAGUCAGGAGCUGGAGGAAAUGAGGUCUGCGUUUGGACGAGAAGGUGUGCAGAAGCUGCAGGACUUUGAGGCCGCCCUGAAGCAGAGAGAUGGCAUCAUCACCCAGCUCACCGCAAACCUGCAGCAGGCUCGCGAGGAGAAGGACGAGAUCAUGAAGGAAUUCCUGGAGCUGACAGAGCAGAGCCAAAAGCUCCAAAUCCAGUUCCAGCAGCUGCAAGCCGGCGAGACCAUGAGGAACACCAGCCACAACAGCACAGCGGCCGACCUCCUUCUGGCCAGGCAGCAGCUCCUGCAGUACCAAGUACAGCUGGACCAAGCCAACCUGGAAGCCAGGAAGAACCAGGAGAGGAGCUGUGAACAGCAGCAGCUCAUCAGCCAGCUCCAGCGCCAAGUCAGCCAUGUGGAGAUGUCAGGGAGAAGAUCAGAGGAGACGUUCGCACAAAGGAUCCAUGAGAAGGAUGUGCUUGUAGCCGAGAAGGAGAAGGUCAUCAUGAAUCAGGAGGAGUCGCUGGCACAGCUGAGAGCAGCAGAGGAGGCUCUUGCCAAAACGCUGAAGGAGAAAAAUGAGCUGAUAUCUGAGCAGACGGCGGUGAUCAGAGAACACGAGCAGGCCCUCACGGUCUUCAGGGAAGAAGUGGCGGUCUUGGGAAGGUCGAGCAACGGGGGCAUCAUCCUGCCGCCGGAUGAGAAAGAUUUGUUGAUAGCAGAGCAGGAGAGAAUCAUUUCAGACCGGGACUGUUCUCUGAGCCGGCUGGAGGAGGAGCUCCAGACAUCACAGCAGAGCCUGCGUGGCCUCCAACAGCGAGCGGCCGCCAAGGACUCGGAGCUUGAAGGACGUCUGGGCGACCUGGAAGCCACCAGGAGCCAAACGGAGCGCUGUAAAUUAGAACUGGAGAAAGCGCAAGGUGAGCUGCAAAGCUGUCAAAGUGAGCUGGUGAACGCUCGCCAGAAGGAGCAAAUGUCAUCUGAUGAGAUCAAGCAGCUCAUGGGAACGGUGGAGGGCCUGCAGAGGCGCUGUCACCAGGGGAGCCUCUCUGAAGGUCAGGCCAUGCAAAGAAUGCAGGAGGACGCCGCCAGGAAGAUGGAUGUUCUCAGGGCAGAGCUGGACGAGAUGUACGGACAGCAGAUCGUCCAGAUGAAGCAGGAGAUCAACUUGCAACACGCGGCGCGUACGGAGCAAAUGGCGGCGCAACAUCACGCAGAGAUGGAGCUUGUUCAAGAGCAACGCUCCGCUGAGGUGGAGACGCUCAAUGUUAAGAUGAGGGAGCUUCAGGAGACAUUAGAGCGGUCCCAAGUCAGCCAUAAUCAAAGCAGGCAUGAACUCACCCAAGAGAAGCUCAACCUCAAGGCUCAGGUUGAGAACCUCCUUCGAGAUCUUGGUUCAGCGAAGGAGAAGGUGGAGCUGGUAUCCAGCAGUUUUAUCUCACAGGAGAGCCAUCAAAGCGAGCUGCUGCGCUUUCAGGAGACCAUCAGCGAGCAACGUCGCCAGCUGGCCGCUGCUCAGGAGGCGGCGCUGGAGAUGGAGACCAAGCACGAAUCGGAGACGACCAAUUACAAGAUCAAGCUGGAGAUGCUGGAGCGAGAGAAGGACGCCGUGUUGGACCGCAUGGCCGAGUCGCAGGAAGCCGAGCUGGAGCGACUGCGAACUCAGCUCCUGUUCAGCCACGAGGAGGAGCUCACGCACCUGAAGGAGGAACUCCAGAGAGGGAGCUUCCUCAAUACUGAAAACCUCCUCAACGAAGCUGCUGUCAAACACCAAAAAGCUCUGGAUGAUCUCCGCCUGGCUUAUGAAGAUGAGCUACAUUUGUUACAAACGGAGAAGUCGGCUUUUUCCACGGAGCGAGAAGAUCUUCUGCACCAAAUUCUUGGCCUUAAAGAAGAUGUGAAGCUGGCGACGCACAGCUCCAAAGCGGAUGAGCUUGUUGAGCAGCUUGAGGAGCUUCAGGUGGAGCUGGAAGAUCUCAGGAAGGGAAGGGAUCAGCGUGCGCGGCUGGAGGGUGAAAUCCAAACGUUGCUGAAGAAGUGUGAGAAGCUAGAAAAUGAAAGAAGGGAGGAGGACCGAUGUUGGCAGAGCAGGUGGAAAGAGCAGCAGCUGGAGAACGACACUCUGAAAGCGGACGCGGACUCGAGAACCGUGGAAAUGGAGACCCUAAGAUCUGAGACCAGUCAGUUGCGAUGCCAGGUGGAUGAGCUUCGAGAGGAAAUCGAAAAGCAGCGGACCACAUUCUCCUUCGCUGAGAAGAAUUUUGAAGUGAACUACCAGGAGCUGAAGGAGGAGUACAGGAGCCUUGUGGAGGCUAAGAUGAACCUGGAGGAGACGACGCUCAAGGAGUCACUCCACUUUGAGGCCAAAGUCGCCGACCUCCAGGCACGCAUUGAGGAGCUGGACCACGGGAAGGUCCCGGCUGAACGUGUGGUGGAAAAGGAUACUACGGAGCUGAUGGAGAAGCUUCACCUCACACUGAGUGAGAAGGAAAGCCUCGCACUGAGACUUUCUGAAGUUACGGAGCAACUGGUGUCGACUGAGGAGAAAGUGGGGCAGCUGGAAGACGAGCUGAAGGACGUGAGACUGGAGAAUGCCAGGUUCAUCACCCAGAACGAAAGCCUGGUCCGAGAGGUUCCAAGAAUGAGCAGUCAAGACGGAGAGAAAAGAGUUAAACCCCAGCAGGAAGAGCUCAAGUCUGAGAUCUCCUCUGAGGACCAUCACGCUCGCAUUCGGGAGAUGGACGCUCCUCAGUCGCUCCUAGCGGAGAGAGCCGGCAUCCAGCAGACCUCGGAGCUUCAGAGGCUCUCUCCAUCUCCAUCUGCGGUCCAGUCCUCGGGGGAGGGACCUGUUGAAGCACGACCCCCGCAGAAGAUAGCGUCAGCGUCGGGCUCAAACCGACGCAAGAGGAGGCAGAGGUUGAAGCAGGAGCGCAAAGUGAGCGGCACACAGGCUGGAAGGCAAAAGGAGGAGGAGGAGGAGGAGGAAGGCAGAGCCACGAGUGCCGCAGAGCCAGAGAUGCAGGCGGAAAGCCAGGUUUUUGGCGACGGCAUCAAACAGGUCAGCAGCCGCAAAGGAGACCACCACGCCGAGUCAGUCGCAUGUCCGGGAGCAGCAGAGAACACCCCCGAGCAUGGCGAGUGCAGGCUGCACAUGGAGGCACAGCGCAUCAGCCUGACUCAGAUCCACGCCGCCCAGCUGGAGCUGCUGCAGGAGGAGGCGGACCACGCUGCAACCCGGAGCGAUGCCAGGGAGCAAGAUGCGGAGGAGCCGGGCGCCAGAGUACCUCGUUGUGAGGAAUUGGAGAAGCUGGAGGAGAAUCACAGGCAGGAGAUGGAGCGUGUCCGAGCUCACUACCAGCAGAGGGCGGCGGAGAUGGAGGAACGCUACACCGCGGAGAUGCUGGUGCUGCAGCAGCGACUGCAGGAGGUCACGGGGGCACAGCCCCACUACAGUGUUCCACCAGACUGCAGGGAGGAGUACAAAGACGAUCUCAAGGCCCUCACCGAUGAACAACUCCUGGAGUGGGUCGCCGACGCUCGCUGGUCUGCGAGGUCCACAGGCUUGAGCGCGCAGCUGCAGACGCUGAGGAGAGCUCUCUACAACAAGUACGUCCAAGAAGUCGCUGUGCUCAAAGUGCAGCACAGCAGCGAACUGAGAAGGCUGCGAGAAGAACUGGAGCGGGAGAGGACGCGAGGGCACAGCCACGAGGAAGGAAGAGGAGGGCAAACUCGGGAUCCGUGCUCCGUGGAGGAGGAAGUCGCCAAGGCCAUUGUUCAGAUGUCAGUGGAGUUUGCGCAGCAGACGGAACUGGCCCGGAUCAACAAGCGUGCCUGCCAGACAAGUUCCUCCAUGCAGACCCCAUCGGACGAAGACGACGUAGAGGAUGUAGAGGAGAGAGAUGAGGAGGCAUCGACUCCAGGAGCCUCUGCCUCCGAGGAGAGGGAGCGCUUGACAAGGGAGUUGGAGGAGAAGAACGCGGAGAUCCAGAAGUUACAGGAGAAGCUGCAGGAAGCUGAAUCGGAAGCGCUGAAGAAGCUGCGACAGAGGGGAGAAGACCGUGAAGGAGAAGCUGUGCAAGAGGAGGACCACGGCACAUGGCGCGUUGGCCUUGAGAGCGUCGACGAGGACAAUGAAAGAAUCCUCUUGCGCCGGGCCAACCAGAGGCUUAGUCGGGUGUUGGCUGAGGUCCUGAAGACCACGGCGGCGGCGGAAGAAACCAUGGGACUCCACAUGCAGAGCCUGCAUGAUGCUUCUUCCAGUGAAGGGCUGCAGGAUGCACACCCUCCCUCCAGACCCGAUGCUGCAGGGUUCUCUGGAGAGAUCUGCCCCGGCGGCGAGACAGACGCGGGUCUGGAGGUGUCCAAGCACAUGAUAGACGGCCUCCUCUUGGGGGAAGCUGGGAGUCGGCCAGAGAACGAGGAGCGCCUCAUGAGCAUCAGCGGUCGCCUCCAGACGGCUUUGGAGAAGAUGUUGAUGGUCAUCAGCGACACCACCGACCAGGUGGAGCAUGCCCGCAUCACGCAGACCGAGCUCAUGCGGGAGUCCUUCCGCCAUAACCAGGAGAUCAGCGAGCUCCUACAGAAGCAGGAGGAGCUGCAGGAGCGGCUGUCGGAGGAGGCCCGAGCGCGUGAGCAGCUGGCACUGCAACUGCACCGAGCCGAGGGUGUGAUUGACGGCUACACGGGCGAACGUGCCUCCCUGGAGGAGCAGUUACGUCAGAAGGAAGAGCUCCAGCUCAGCCUGGAGCAAGAGCUGCAGGUUACCAGCAGUCGGCUGCAGGAGUUGGAGCAGGAGAGGCUGCAAAUGCAGGAGGAACGAGAGAUGAUGUCCCGACAACACGACGCCAUGAGAGAGGACGCAGGCCCCCGUGAGCUUCGCCUAGUUGACGCUGCAAUGGUCGCAGCACCUGAAGCAGAUCUGCUGGAGGAAGCCGAGAAGCUGAUGAAAGAGAAGGUGGAGGUGCAACGGCAGGCGGAGAAGGAGAGCUCCGAUCUCCUGAAGCAGAUGAAGGUGCUGGAGGCGGAGCUGGAAGAGCAGGUCAACAGGGUGAUUGAGCUGGAGCACGCUCGCAAGGCCGAGACCGGAGACCUCCAGCAGCAGAUCCAGGCCCUGGAGAAGCAGCUGGACAAGAACAGGAAGUUCCUGGAUGAGCAAGCCGUGGACCGAGAACACGAGAGGGACGUCUUCCAGAAUGAGAUCAACAAACUGGAGCAGCAGCUGAAGAACCCGCUGAAGCUUCAGAGUGGCUCUGAGCAAAGGAGCCAAGAGGUGGAGCAUCUGACCUCCCAGCUGAAGGAGAAGGCGGACUGGUGCAGUGAGCUCCUGCUCAGCUCCGAGCAGCUGCGUCGUGAGCUGGGAGAACGAGACCAGGAGAUUGACAAGCUGGAGAGCCGCAUCCGUGAGCUGGAGCAGGCCCUGCUGGCCAGCACCGAGUCCCUGGAGAAGGAUGAACAAAAGAGAUGCCACACCUCCAUCACCAAGGCGACGCACUCCACACUGGAGGCUCAGCUGCAGACCGAAAGGGAAGCCUUGGAACGGAAAGAGAAGGAGAUCUGUAAUCUGGAAGAGCAGCUGGAGCAGUUCAGAGAGGAGCUGGAGAACAAGAGCGAGGAGGUGCAGCAGCUCCACAUGCAGCUGGAGAUCCAGAGGAAGGAGAUCAGCAGCCAGCAGCAGUACAUGGAAACCAGGGAGAGCAUGCUUCAGGUGAUGGAGCAGAAGGACAGGGAAAUAGUACAUCUUAAUGAACAGAUCGCUAAGCUCAAACACAAGGAGAAAACAUCUGGCAAGCAGGGAAUCGACGAGCGGGAUGAGCUGAUCAAAGACCUGGAGUCGCAGGUGCAAUGCCUGCGCAGCGAGCAGGAGCGUUUCAAGAGCAAUAGCGAAGACGAGGUUGACCAGCUGAAUGCUGUGAUUGACAAACUCCAGCAGGAACUGGUCCACAUCCAGCCGCACCCGGCCGCGGGUGACGAGUAUGAUGAGAUGAAGCAGAAAAUGGAGUUUGAUACCCUCAAAAUGGAGCAUGACAACCUGCUGGAGAGACACCAGCUCCUGCAGGAGAAGCUUGAAGAGAAAACUGCAGCCGUUGUGGUCGUCCAGGCCCAGGUUCAAGCUCUGGAGCAGAGUGCAGCAUCGAGUAUGAUGGAGCUCCGUGUCCGCAUCCGUGAGCUGGAGGACUCCGUGGGUGAAAAAGACGGCGAGCUCGGCCGCUGUCGCCUCCUGGUGGAGCAAAGUCAAAGCCACGCCGAGGAUCUGCAGCGGAAAGUGUCCACCCUGGAGGAGGAGUUGAGGGAGAACGUGGCGGCCGUGCUGGUCAGCAAGGCCACCCUGGAUGCUUUCCAGCAGCAACAGCAGCAACCAUCUGGCACACGUGGAGAAGAUCACCGCCCGCAGAGUCUGGCUGACUUUGGCCUCCCUCAGAUGGAUUUCAGCCUGCCGGUCCAUGCGAGACAAGCUCCAAGAGGCAAGGUGGUCCACCUGACACAGAAGCUCUGUGAGCUGGAGGCCAGUCUCAGCGGCAUCCAAAAGGACCAGGAGCUCCAGAAGCAGCUGCUCUCCAGCUCGGAGGAGGACGUGCUGGAGUACGAGAAGAGGCUGGCGGUGCUCAUGGAUUUGCUCAGUCAGAUGAAGGUCAAGACACGUUCCAGGACAUGGCCCGCCGUGGAGCAGGCCUCAGCUGGUGGAGUUCUCCAGGAGUUGGAGAAGACAAGAGAGGAGGCCUUGCACACCCAAGAGCAGCUGCACAACUGCAGGGAGCAAUGCCGUAACCUCCAGGAGGAACUAAAAGAAAAAACACAAGUGGUAGAUAAACUUCGAGAGCAACUUCAAAAGGCGUCUUCUCAAGGAGAUGAGAUGCAGGUGCUUCAAGGGGAGUUGGUGAAGAGUCAGAAGGAGGCGGCGCUCGCCAAAGAAGAGCUAAACAGCUGCGAGGAGAGCUUGGAGAAGGUGCAAGAGCUGCUGCAGGAACGUGACCUGACCUUGGCUCGGCUUCAAGCAGAACUUGGCCAAGUUCAAGCGCCAGAGGACAGGGCAGAGCUUCUCAAGGAGCUCCACGAGGUCAGAAGCAAUGCAGACUCCGCCAAAGAGGAACUCAGCAGCUCCAAAUCCCACAAUGAGAAGCUCCAGGAGGAUAUUCUGCUGCGGGAAUUGUCUAUUUGUAAGCUGAAUGAGCAGCUGCAGGAGUUCAAAAACUGUGUUGACACCACCAAAGAAGAGCUGAACAGCUACAAAUCCCACAAUGAGAAGCUCCAGGAGGACAUCCAGAUGCGUGAAACAUCUGCUUGUGAGCUCAGGGAGGAGCUCCAGGAGGUCAAACAGAAUGUGGACGCCACCAAAGAAGAACUGAAUGGCUACAGGCGACACAACGAGGAACUUCAGGAGGACAUCCAGGUGCGUGAAACAUCUAUUAGUGAGCUCAAGGAGGAGCUCCAGGAGGUGAGAAAUAAUGUGAACACCACCAAAGAAGAACUGAACAAAUACAAAUCCCACAAUGAGGAACUUCAGAAGGACAUCCAGGUGCGGGAAUCUUCCCUUCGGAAGCUCCAAGAGGAGCUCCAGGAGGUCAAACAGGAUGUGGACGCCACCAAAGAAGAACUGAGCGGCUACAGGCGACACAACGAGGAACUUCAGGAGGACAUCCGGGUUCGUGAGCUGUCCCUUUGGAAGCUCAAAGAGGAGCUCCAGGAAAUGCGAGCAGCCUUGUCGAAGACAGCCGACUCGGAUCCUGCUUCUCCUUCUCCUGCUCCAUCUCCUCAACCUUUUUCCUCCGCUUCGUCCUCCUCCACCGCCUCCCAGCCCAGGAGAAAGGCAAGCAGGCAGCAGACGGCUAAAGGAAGCAGCACCAAAGAGAAAGCAUCUCUCUCCAGGAAGACUUCAGCUCCCUCAGGUCUGUCCUCCACCAAAAAUCCCAGAAGGCACCUCCACAGCAGCAGCGACUCGGAGCAGCAAGGGCGGGGCGUGGCCGACGCUUCCACUCAGACCCAAGUGUCCGCCAUGGCGGACUGCGGCGAGGAGCCUCCCGCCGCGGCCACCAAAGAGGAGCUGGAGGAGGUGAUGGGAGACUUCCGGGACAAGAUCGUACAGAUGCAGGAGCUGCACGCCGCGGAGAUCCUCGACAUGGAGGCCCGCCACAUAUCGGAGAGCGACAGCCUGCGUCGGGACGUGCAGAACCUGGAGGAGCAAUGCAAGGCCCUCAAAGCCGUCAUUGACAAGCUGCGCUCCACCGAGGCUUCCCUAGCAAGACAAGAUCGGCCACUAUCGCAGUUGAAAGACGGCUACACCAGCGACAGCAGCUCGGACUACAGCCAGAGAACCGGAUAUGACCUCCCCGGCCUCCAGCAGGAGUUCAGGGUGACGCCAGAAGGUGCCAGAAGAGAGACCGACGACCAGUUGCCAGAUCGCAUCAAGACCUUGCUCCGUGAGGUCCACCAGGAGGGGAUGCAGGUUCUCUCUCUGUCAGAGCUCCCGCUCUCCGAAGGCGAGCCGGCCUGCCAGUUCAGCCUCCAGGCCUGGCUGAAGGAGAGGGACGCCUUGCUGGCCACCGUGGAGUCCCUCCAAGGCCUCAUCGCCAAGAUGCAGACAACACAGGCGUCGGGUGCGGAGGAUUGGCGUACCGAGCUGUUGGAUGCGGUGCGCCGGGUCUUUGUCGGGGAGCGUAGCGUGCUCAAGAGUGCCCUCUACAGCCAGGUGGACCUGCUGGACACCAGCGACGCCAUCAUCCACCUCAACCAGCUGGAGCGCAGACUGGCCGAGCAGGAUGCUCAGCACAAAGAGGCCAUGGCUUCACUCUUUGCUGCAGACAGGUCCAGUCUCAGGUCUGAGAUCCAUCAUCUUCGAGGUCAGCUGGAGCAUCUCCAUCAAGAUGGCCGUCACGAUCCCGGCGGGGCGGAGCGGCGGGGAGGAAGAGGUGACGGGGCGAUGGAGACCGACAGGCUGCUGCUGGAGGAACUGAAGAAUGAGCUCUCGCAGACUAAACUGGAGCUGGAGACGACGCUUAAAGCUCAGCACAAGCACCUGAAGGAGCUGGACGCUCUCAGAGCUGAGGUGUCACAGAAGGCUGCAGAGGUGGACGUACUCAAUGACCAGCUGUUGGAGGAGAAGAAGAGGGCCCGUGAAGUUCAGUGGACCAUGGAGAAGGAGCGGUGUCGAAUUGGGAGAAGCGAGGAGAGCACACGAGAAGAACUGGAGGACUUGACCUUUGCUUUGGAGGAACAAAAGAACCAUGUGACCCAGCUGAAGUCCACCUUGGAGCAGGAGCGCCUGGCCACCGCCCAGCUCUGCCAGCAGGCCGAGAGGGAGAAGCUGAGCCUCCACAGGCGCCUCCAGGAGCUCCAGGUCCAGCUGGAGACGGAGCGAGCCAAGGCCCAGGAGAUGAGUGCUGCUCUGGGGAGGGAGAGGCAGCUGCGAGUGGGUGGCGUCUCCUCGGGGGACGGUCAAGCAAAUGAGGAGCACAACCUUCUAGAAGGUCUACAGGAGCAUCUCGAUGACAAGCAUGCACAGGUGGUGCACCUCCUCAGCCAGGUGGAGGCUCACAAACUGGAGAGCGUGAGAAAAGAGGAGGAGCUGACUCUGGCAGGUCACAAGUCCAGACAAAACCAGGAGGCGUUGCUGGAGGCCCAGGUCCGCCUGGAGAAUCUGGAAGCGAGACUCUUGGAGACGCGGGAGCAGCUGGAGAUGGAGGCGGACAGGAGGAGGAGCCUGGAGGAGGAGAGGGAGAGACUGGAGGAGAGGUUGGCUCACAUGAGCGUUUCCCAGCAGCCUCCUCUUUGGGAGGUAACUGACGGAGGCCACCAUCAUGGUCCUUGGCGUACAGCGGACACCAUCUUGGCCAAAGUCCAGCUGGUUUCUUCUAAGCUACGCAACAUGGCGACCACAGCUGUGGGAAGAUCAUCCACGCCGAUCUCUGAUGACGAGCUGACUCUGCUCCGGUCCUCUCUUGAUGAUGUCAUCACCGUGCUGCAGCAAUCUCCAGGUCUCCCAUCCGUGCCCGAGAGCGCCGCCCUGCUGGCGGGGGGCUCCGGCGGCUCCUCCCUGACGGAGCGUCUCCUCAGGCAGAACGCCGAGCUCACGGGUUUUGUCAGCCGUCUGACGGAGGAGAAGAACGACUUGAGGAACCGCUCCCUCCGCCUGGAGGAGGAGCUGCGCUGCUAUCGGCACGCCGGGCCGGGCGAUGGCUCCGGCGGAAGGAGGAGCCAGUCCAGACCGGACUCUGCGGGCCUGCUGCUGCUCUGUCAGGAGAGGGAGGUUUGGGCCGCGGAGAAGGUCCUGCUGGAGAAGGCCUUGCGUCAGGCCAACGCUCAAGUGGCCCGACUCAGGGGCGAGAUCAGGUCGGACACCCUGCGUGAGAUCACCGGACCCGAGGCUGACAAUGCUGCGCUCAAGAGGAUGUACGGGAAGUACCUGAGGUCGGAAAGCUUCCGCAAGGCUCUCAUCUACCAGAAGAAGUACCUUCUCCUACUGCUGGGCGGCUUCCAGGAGUGCGAGGAAGCCACGCUGGCCCUCCUCGCCAGGAUGGGCGGCCGCCCCUCGCCGUCCGGCGCCGAGUCCUUCAGCCAACGCAGGCGGGGCCUCAUGCGCUUCCGCUCUGCCGUGCGCGUCUCCAUCGCCCUCUCCAGGAUGCGUUUCCUGGUGAAGCGCUGGCACAAAACCACCGGGAUGAGCAACGUGACUUCGAAAACGGAACCGGGACAGAUUGGCCCGGAGGCCAGAGAUUCCCACCAUCUCCAUCCUGGUGUGGACGUGUACAGAGACAGGGGCGGAGCCUCCAGCAGAGGGCGCAGUGGUCGUGAAUCCCCGAGAUCCCCCACCUGCUCCACGCAGCACAGGUUUCACACGGCCGGAGAUCCUGGGGGGCUCACCUGCUCCCACCUGCAGAGCUACGACCCCGACCGGGCGCUCACAGACUACAUCUCCAGGCUGGAGGCGCUACAGAGGAGGCUGGGGAGCGUCACAUCAGGUGCUUCCUCCUCCUCCUACGCUCCACUGCACUUGGGCUUGAGAAGAUAAGAAGAAAGCGAAAACUUGAAAAAAAAAAGUUGCCUUGUCCUCCUGCUGAGAUCUUUUCUAUUUUGCUGAUGAUGCAACCUCCCGUCACGUUUGGACCAAAUCUUGGCUGCUUCUUUUCUCGCCCCGCCCCUCCCCCCCGUGGAUGAACUACACCGGUGUACAUUUGUUUACUGAGGAUUUCAGACCUACCUUGACUUGGGCGUAUGGGUGUCUGGGCGUAUAGCGUAUGGGUGUUUGGGCGUUUGGGCAUAUGGGCGUUUGGGCGAUGACUCCACACUACACUGCUUUGUUUAGGAGACGUUUGUAGAGAAGGUAUUUUUCUAGAUGCUUUGGACUUUUCUGGCUAUUUUGUCUAAAAGUGAAAUAAAUGAGAGGAAUAUUUA